CAAUAAAUUCAUUGUUUGAUAUUUGUGCGGAAAUCGUUUUAUUUGCAAAAAGUUAAGUUUACAAAAACAUUUUGUAAGGCACAAGUUAAAUAUUUACCAGUAAAACGGAUCCUGUAUUGCGCGAGAUGAAGCCAACACCGGCUGCCGAUGAAAUGUUCAGCACAGAUAUGGAAGAGUCGGGUAGCUCAUCCGGUCUACUCAUCGAUUUGCCAACUAAUGAGAAGCAGGUGCAUGCCGACUUCUACAACGAUUUCGAUGAUUUAUUUGAUGAUGAUGAUGAUAUGCCAGCAAACACUAGUGGAUAAAUGUGCAUUUUCGCAAACAUGUUAAAUAUAAGUAAUAUUUUAAUUAAUAAAACCACGUUCAUUUGAAUUUUUAA